GCAACCAGAACAAUUCUAACAAGCUUUUCAGUGACAAAGCCAUGCCGCUCUUUGGAAACACAUUCAGUCCAAAGAAAACCCCACCCAGGAAAUCAGCCUCACUUUCCAAUUUGCACACGCUGGAUAGAUCAAGCCGGGAGAUUGAGCUAGGCCUGGAGUAUGGCACUCCUGUCAUGACCCUUACUGGACAGAGCAUGAGGUUUGAGAAUGGCCAGUGGAUAGCAGAAUCAUUUGGGGACACUGGGGACCGCAGGGAGACAAACCGCCUUCGGAAACGGAUCCAGCAGCUGGAGGAAGAGAACAAUCUCCUACAGCUGAAAAUAGACAUUUUGUUGGAUAUGCUCUCUGAGACGACUGCAGAGUCUCACCUCAUGCAGAAAGAGAUGGAGGAACUGAAAAAUUAUAGCCGAAAGAGGAAGUGAACUGGAUGUGAAGGCCUCUAGGAGGUAGAAGAGGGAAGAGUGAGAAGAUAUGGUUAAAGCCAUCCACUGCAAGAAACUUAGGAAGACACACCAGCCUUGGAAGACAUUUGUUGUUGUGACCUCACGUUACUCUGGCUGGAUAUCUAGCCAGGACUCCAAAUGUGAAAUACUAUUAAGUUCUACAGUGCUGUCAGAAAGCAUCUAUCCUACUUUUCUUCUUCCCUAAUGGAGCUUCUAUCCAAGUACUCUUAACAUAUUUCCGCAAUACACAUUUAAUCUAAUCAGUAGCAAGUAGUGGUUUGCAGUUAAUAAGCAUCUCUUCCCACCCACCCAAGAAGGCAAUCAAGAUCAUGGGGUGUGGGGAGAGCAAAGGAAAAGGGAGAGAACUGCUUGCAACAAAUACCUACAUACUCUUGCUUUCUCUCUCUUAACAUCUGUUUCAGAAAUGCUUUUCAAUUGGCUUAACCUUUGGGACGCAGAAUUCUCUGGAAAAAUAAGGUCCUGAACUUGAGCCAGUGAGCUGAUACAGAGACACCAUUGGGGAUAGGCAGCAUCCUGGGCCCUUACCCUUAUAGGCCUGCAAUAUAUGUUAGUGAGGGAAACCUUUGAUAAUCUGAGGUGAAAAUGAACAAUUUGGGAAGUUACAUGUUUCAGUCAGCUCACAAUCAUUCUGAAUAGCAGUGGUCUAUACUCUAAAGCUGACUGACAAACUAUGGGGGGAACCUUUUCAGUGUAGUGGGCCAGAUCCUUAGUUCAUCCACCUGUCAGUCACCUGAUGUCACUGUGUUUUGAGGUGAUCUGUUUUUCCUUUGCAGAGCAGCUUGAGUUCACAGCCACAGUACAGUGGUGUACCAGAAGUAUGAGGCCUUUGUCAUAUAUGUUAUUUCAUCUCUUCCUUUCCCUCGCCAGCGCAGUGAUGUGCUGUAUUGCCUUAUUAGUGUGGCAAAACUCCACAUUGAACAGCUGGUUCUCUUCCAUUUUUAAUCCCUCCCCUUCAUGAUAUAUCACAGUUCUAUAACACUCAGUGAAUUCCAUGUGCAUUCUACCUUUUUCUUUGUCCUGGUAAAAAACAAAUCUUCAGGCAAUUCUUUUUUUACAGCCACCAGUUCCAUUCAGGCCACUGUAAGUUAAAUGUUGAGUUGAAUUGUUGUAUAAAUCUAUUUUUUAUACUUUAAAAUAAAGUCAUUACAGUGUUUCUAUUG